GGGGCGUAUUCGUCAUGUUGAAGGAUUGGAUAAAAAUCGAACUUGCUUCGAGCUAACGCUUGAAACUGAGUGAAUAUAUUUAACGCGGUAUUCGAAGACUCGAGAUUAUCCGAACAGCAUCAAACAGAUCUAAUAUUUUCGUGAUCUCUCUGGUCAUUUCGUAUCCACACAGCAGCUGACCGUGUGAACUGAAUAUACGUCCAAUCGACGAAUUCGAGUGUGAAUUGGUUGGCCCGAAUCGAAGAUUGCAGUCAACGCUCGUACAACUAAUUGGCAUGAAAUAAUCAUGCAUUUGAUUCCCGAUACAAAUAACGUGCUUUUACAAGACAUUACGGUACACCGAGAACGGUACGAUAAGAGAAGUAACUCGAUAAAACUAGUAGAAACGAAUAUCAGCGAGUUGUUUGUGAAAUCAUUCGGAGAUUAGACAAAAUGACAACGUAAUCACCAUUGACAUGACCACGCGGGUCAUACGAAAAAAUAGUGGAACGGAGCGGUCGCGGGAGGGGACCGCCCUUGACGACUUCUCGAUCGAGUGAAGUGCACGCGCGCUCUGCUUGUUUUGCGACGAAAAAUUAAGAAAAAAAACAAUGAAUGAGAAAAUUUAUUCUGUACGAGUCUGUACGAAUGUUAUCCUUUUUUAAUCAAUUGAAUGUGGUACUUUUAUGAAUUCAGUUUAAUUCUGAUAUGUAUAUAGGUUUUGAAUAUAAUUGAAAUAAUUUUUUUCAUAACUUCACUUUUGUUUAAAAUUUUCGGGUUGGGGUCGAAUGAGCAAUAGACCAAAUAGUGGGCACGUAGAAAAUGUCUUACUUUGGAUUGCAUCAAUUGUGACAGCAACAACGAUGAUUAAAUUUCCAGGAUCUCAUUGAUAUCUUCUGUUUUGAUAGAAUUUUAAUUUACGUCUAGUCAACAUUGAAACAUUGGUUCGACUAGAAUUUCAAACUGCUCAAUUCGCUCCAUACCCAUGCUGACUCUCUUGACUUGAACGGCUGUAUCUCUUAAAUGCGAUCUGCUGGAAAUAAAUUACUAUGGACAUUUUUGGAAAGGGUUAAAAUACUUACCCACCGGUACGCAUAACAAACCAUUGAGACAUAUCGUUAAGGAACUAUGACCGGUCAAGUGAAAAAUUGCUCAACUAGCCCCGCCUUAGCCAACGCCAUUUCGCCGUUACAGUGGGGGAAUAAUUUGGUUCGAAAUCAAAAUGUUCGACUAAAAGUUCAAGUAAAAUACCUACAGUUUAUUCCCAAUAUUAUAAAUACAAGCUUUCAUAUCUUCGGUAAACUAUGAAAUAGGCAAGAAGUAAAAAGUACAAAUUCAUUCCACUAACAUCUUAUCGAACGGGCAGAACUAUAAAAGUCGCGGAAGUUAAAAUUCUCAAUUUAGUCAGACUCGGUUUGGCAAGAUUCGAACUCCGCCAGCUCGGCACUCACUGAUUAUUAUUGUAAGUGCUAUGGAGUGUAAGACAGCGCGAGUAUUCCGAUUGUGUAGCGUGCCCAAACAGAUCCUCUGGCUACAAUGGACCGCGGGAUUUGCAGGAAUGUUGAUGCUCUUCGUGAUGGGCCUCAAAGUCGGAUGGACCUCUCCGUUCAUGGCUCGUUUGGUAGCGGAAGAUUCGGUACUACCGUUAACUGCUGGCGAAGUGUCUUGGGUAGCGUCUCUUCUGAAUUUCGGUAGAUUCUGCGGUUCGCUGCUGGGCGGUUUUUUCGUCGAAUAUCUGGGUAGUCGGCGAACGUUGAUCGGCCUAGGAUUUCCAUUGAUAUUGGCUUGGAUCUGCAUUAUAUCAGCGAACUCGGCGACGUGGUUAUACGUGGCUCGGAUAGCUGCCGGCUCGAGUCUCGGCAUGGCGUUCAACAGCUUUCCUCUGCUUCUGGGUGAAAUUUCUAGUCCGUCGAUACGGGGCACCCUCGUGGCCUUCGUUAUAACCGGAAUGCCUCUGGGUACGAUGAUAGGAGUAUUGAUGGGUCCCUACCUCUCGAUGCAAGUAUUUUCCUACAUAGGCCUCGUGCCGACCGUCAUAUUCAUCGUUCUGUUCUGGUGGCUGCCCGAAUCUCCUCACUAUCUCCUGAAGCACGGAAGAAUCGAAGAAGCAGGGAAAUCGAUUGAACGGUAUAAUCCCUACGCGGAUCGCGAGGAGGAACUCAAAAGUCUCAAGGAUUUUCUAUCGUCUAACGGUAAUUUAACGUUCAGAGAACGUUUGCGAGAAGUUAAUCUCCCGAAAAAUCGAAGGGCUAUAUUACUGAUGCUAGCUCUGUACUUCUUCAUGCAGUUCAGUGGAGUAAACUCGGUGAUGUUUUACACAGAAACCAUAGUUAUCAGAGCCAAGGUUAACGUAAUCGACCCGUCCUCGGUGGUGACUUUGUUUGGUACAUUUUCGGUCGUGUCGAGCUUGCUGUCGAUAUUCGUUGCCGACAAAUUGCCGCGUAAGGUGAUUCUGAUUAUAGCGAGUCUCGGCGUGGGCGUUUCCCUGCUCAGUCUGGGCAUUCAUUUCGAACUUUUGGACAGAGGUUGCGAUCCAGCUUCGCUGCAGUGGCUGCCGAUCGCAUCCUUGAUGGGUUUUGUGUUUUUCUUGUGCAACGGUCUGGUCUCCAUUCCGAGUACGAUUUUGAGCGAGAUUUUCACGCAAAAUGUGAAGAGCGUCGCGGUCUGUGUGGGCAACGUGUCGGUAGGCAUCUUCGCCUUCAUAGCAACGGGGACUUAUCUGCCGUUGGUGGACCUCAUCGGAGAGGCCUACGUCUACUGGGGGAACGUAGUGAUUUUGAUAGCCUGCGCGAUAUUUACUAAGCUCGUUGUACCGGAAACAAGGGGCAAAACUUUACAAGAAAUUCAAGAAGCCUUCGAUAAAAAGUAAAUCACAGAUAACAAGAUAUUUACUACGACUGACUAGAAAAUUAUAACACGUUUAGAUUAAGAAGUUGAUUGAAUUUCAACGUUUUCGAUUGAAACGCCGAUGAGACGCGAUCGCGCUUAUUCCUAGUUGGGUGGCAAAGACCGCGGGUGAUGAUCUAUCUAUUAAAUGCCUCGCAGCACAAUGGAUAUCCUACAAGUGUGCGUGAACAAUAAAUUAUUUUACGUAACCCGUUACGUAAUUUUCCUACUCUACAUUAUCUCUAGGUGUAAUUAAACCUCUGUAGGCUUGACAAAUUAUGCUCGGUAAUUCAUCAUGCUAUUUCAAAGUACCUGGUUCAACGAUGUAUGAAUCAUAGAGGCGAAUAAUCCUGAAAUGUAUGAAUAAAUUGUGGCGUCCGAUCAUUUGUUUUAUAGUUUUUAAGGGCGCGAUUCGAAGAGAAAUGGGAGGCUGGAUUGAGAAAUACAUCGGCACGGAAGGCCAUUUCUUUCAAGGGAUCCCAAAGAUUCCGAUGCGGAAAUGGACAGUGUCCGAUUAUCGGCAUAUUUGAGUGUCGUUUCUAAUCGCUUGAAUACUAAUUCAUAAACGCGAUGAAAUUUACAAUUUAGUUACUAGAUCGUAUAUCGUAUAUCUCAUGUAUGUAACACUGUGUAAGAACAUACAUAAAUUUAGUUCAUAAGCUCUGUACUAUUGAAGAAAUAAAUUUUUUUACGAAAUUAAAAAAAAUUCGCAAAUGCGGAUAAUCUUUGAACAGCGGUCGUUGACGAUA